UUUUGAUAAGGUGAUUGCAUACUUAUCUCCAGUCAACGUGUAUCAAACGUGUCAGAACAAUUUUCAAAAUUUGUGAAAUUUUGAGCGACCCGCUGUUAUUUAUUUACAGAUUGGACUAUUAGAGGUCUCUUCUCAUAACUCUGGAUAUUGUGCUGCCCCAGCGGUUUGUUGCUCAACGAAACUGGCAAUGGGUAUUUGCAUUUUGCAUCAUUUCGAUCAUUCCACUUAUUUAGAUGGAAUAUGCGCAUAUUGAUGUCAAGUGUAGUGUGAGUGAAAUAAUAUUUUGGCCUUCGGGGGCCUAAAAUUUUUAAAAUGUAUAAGCUGAAAUUUUCGCAGCGAGAUAAAGUAAAAAAAUUUAUAGCGUUUACUCAAACCGGAGAGCAAACAGCUAUCUACUGCCUUACGCAAAACGAUUGGAAGCUUGACUUGGCCAGUGACAAUUACUUUCAAAAUCCCGAGGCCUAUUACAAGGAACCAAAAAUUUCCGUGGAUAAGAAAAAACUUGAAGUUUUAUUCAGCAGGUAUCAAGACCUCAAUGAGCAGGACAAAAUCACUGCUGAUGGAAUUAUGAAAUUUCUUGAUGAUUUAGGCCUUAGUCCAGAGAGUAAAUUAGUCCUGAUAAUAGCAUGGAAAUUCAGGGCAGAGACACAGUGCGAGUUUACCAAGGAUGAGUUCAUGAAUGGCAUGAUGGAUCUAGGAGUUGACAGCAUAGAUAAAUUGAAGGUACGCCUGAGCAGUUUGGAAUCAGAGCUAUGGGAUGCUCAAAAAUUCAAGGAUUUUUAUCAAUUCACAUUUAACUACGCCAAAAAUCCUGGCCAAAAGGGAUUGGACCUAGACAUGGCAAUUGCCUAUUGGAAUAUAGUCUUGGAUGAUAAAUUUAGGUUUCUCCAACUCUGGUGUCAAUUCUUGCAGGAGCAUCACAAGCGAUCUAUACCAAAGGAUACGUGGAACUUGCUCUUGGAUUUUGCUCUGAUGAUAAACCCAGACAUGAGUAAUUACGACGAGGAAGGUGCCUGGCCGGUAUUGAUAGACGAUUUUGUGGAAUGGGCUCAACCUCGCGUUCGUCAAUCUCUGUAACAUCUCGAGACUCAGUGCCCUCAUCUAAUUUCUCUUAGUUAUCCAAUUAUGAAUUUUACAUUUUGCAGUCGUAUCUUCCCUGUCACACACUACUCAAACUUUUUUCGUCUUGUUUUGCUAGCUUGAAAAUUCUAAUUUUAAAUAGGAGUAAGUUAUACAGCGAAUAAGUAACAGGGGAUAAGUGAGACAAAAGUGUGGUGAAAACAGGAUGCAUCAGUCACGGUAUUACGUUAACGAAACAGGAAAUAUUUGUUGAGAGAAAAAGAGGGCUUGUACAUAAUGUAAAUAAUACAAAAUAUGUCAUAAUAUUAUUAUCUAUUAAUUAGUUUGUAAUUUGAUUGGUUCAAUAAAAAUCUUAAGCAACGGCUGCUAA